AAUGAAGUUCAACCGAUGUCCGUCCUGCGUAUAUAAACUAUCGCAAUGUUAUCGGCGAGUCGUUUUUUCUCACAUCCUUCUCUUCUUUGAAAUCGUCCUCGCUCCCCGAGACGUCGCCGGCAGUGAUUUCCAUGGCAACGCCACCGUCUGAUCCGCAAGUCGUCAAGAGGCAAAGAAAAAGUGCUCCGAUUAAAUUUCUAAUUCCUCUCAUCUAUGCUCCUGUUCUUCCUCUCAUUCGGUUGUCGCUCCGGCACAGGCCGGUUUUGAGAGAUCGGUUGUUCACUGGAGUGCUGGUGGGAGCCUUCGCUCAUGGAUUUUACUUGGUAACAGACCUGUAUGAUAUUGAGAGCAAGUGAGGUGACAGAAGCAUGGAAAGAUUGUUCCAUCUCGAGGAUGUCUGCAAUAUCUGCUUUUCAAAUAUUGUAUGCAGUUCCUGAGCAAAACAUUUCAUAAAUUUUCUUAUGGUGUUGUGAUUUCUUCAGACUCUAGCAGUUUUUCCAACCUAAUCCUGCACAGAAGAAAACAACACCUUAUAUUAUUUGUAUUUGAAUAAAUUCAAAGAAACUGGUUGUGCCUAGAACAGUGUAUUUCAAUGAUGUUCUGUUUAUGCAAUAUACUUGUCAGGCAAAUUCAUCACCUUUGCCUUUUCAGUUAAUCAUAGCUGUAAAUUUUGAUGGGAUUAUGGUACACUGAUUUUUUGUGUAUAUCUUAAGCUAUUAUAU